AAAUUAAUGUAACAAUUAAUAAUUUCAUGAAAAGAUCAUUUUUUGUUUAAGUCAUGAGUCACAACAAGACUUUCUUUCAUUUUUGAGGGAAGUUCCUGUCACUUACAAGGAGAGAUAUUAACUUUGAUAUCAAUUCAACAAGAAAGAUCCUUGUUGUUUCUCUCUUCAUGUGACCCAAAUUUGUCCCUGAUGAUUGAUGAUUGAAAUGAAAUAAAUACGGUCAACCAUGAUAGAAUAGGAUGUGAAAAUUCAGUUGAAACCUUCACCCCAUAGUGUUUUCUGCCAUCUUACAGAAAAUUUCCCACCCAAAGUUGACACAAACAAAAGAAUUUCUCUCAAGAUGAAAAAAGGAAGGAUUUGAAAAAGAUUUAGAGGGGGAAUUUGAAAGGAAGUAAUUAUUGUUUUUAACGAAGAAAAGGAAGAUGUGAAGACAAACUUUUACAAGCGAAUAAAUAUAUGAAAUCGUUUUGAUAUUCUAUUUGAAAGUUGGUUAUCGAUCGUGAACAAAAUGGAAAGCAGUUUGAAAGAUUUGAUGGCAAGAUUGACCAACCAAACAUCGGAUAGUGUACGACCAGCCUGCAAAAAAUGUGGCUAUCCUGGACAUUUUACAUACCAGUGUCGUAACUUCCUGAAAGUGAAUCCUAACAAAGAUAUUGUAUUGGACAUAAGUAGCACAAGUUCUGAAACAGAUAGUGAUGAAGAAUUUAUCUCUCCUUUAUCAAAACUCAGAGAAAUGGAAGCAAAACAAACUUCAGCUGAAAAUACAUCUCAAGAUAAACAGGAAAGAAAGAAGCUGAAAAGGAAGAAAAGAUCUCGUUCACCAGGAAAUUCUGAUUCUGGUAGUGAGAGUGACAUAGAUACCGACACCAGUUCCAGCACUCGACGCCGCAAACACAAAAAACAUAAACGCCACAAGAAAAAGCAAAAGAAACCAAAAAAAGCUUCCAAAAAGCACAGGAAAAGUAAGACCAAUAGCGAUAGUGACAUGUCUAGUUAAAUUAUCAGAAGCAGUCAAACUUAUAAUCUCUCUCAUCCAAUAAUAUAUUCGGACAUAUUAAACACAUCUUGAAAAUUGUUAAUUCUUUCAUCUGUAUAAAAGAACAUUAAAGGAAAUAUAAAAUAAUAAAUACAAUAUAUUAAGGUAUGCAAUUUAGACAGUGAUGUAAAUGAAAAUAUUUUUCGAAUUAAAAUUACUGUCAAAUUUGCAUUUGUAUUACCUCAAUUAUAAAUAAUACAUAUGUGACAUGAACUCCUGUAAAGAAUAGUUUUAAAAUAGUUGGAAGUUUUUUAGGAGUCUUCAAAUAAUAAUGUUCAAUUUCCAUUUAAAUAAAAAUAAUUGUUUUGACAAAUUAUACCUACAUAUAUAAUGGUGUUUGACUUUUUAUUUGGAGUAUAGAACAU